AUGGAUGAGGCUCUAAUGCCAGGAUUGGUUUCCAAUGCGCUAGACCGACAAUGCAAGAAGGGAUUUUGUGAUUUUGUCGACGCUGUAUUUCCAAAUAUCUAUUACAGCUACAGCACUCGGGUGGAACUGAAUUGGUUCUCAAUUGCUCAGAAGGACCGCAACUCAGGACAUGCAUUGGCGUGGGCAUUUCGCAGCCUGGGGACCUUGCAGUUAGGCAGAGUAGAUGGCAAUCAGCGACAGAUCCUUGCCAGCCAGGAAAUGUAUGGCCGUGGGUUACGUCAGCUUGUGAAAGCCAUCAAGAAUCCUGCCACAGUGGGCAAUAAUGAUACCCUUGGGGCUGCAGUUCUGCUCGGAAUUUAUGAGUUGAUGAAUGCAACAGAGGAGAACUCAUGGCUGCUGCAUUCAAGUGGGAUAUCUCAUUUAUUGCGUCUCAGGGGAGCAAAACGUCAUGCGACUGGGUAUGGCCGUACGCUGAUUUUAUCCUUUCGAGGUCUCCUAGUUUAUGAGGCCUUUACCCGAGGCGAGGCAUGUUUCCUAGAAAACGAGGAAUGGAGAUCAGCUCGUUCAUUGACACUAGAGGACGAGGAACGGCGUGGCACAAGCUGUGGUCUGGGCCAGCUUACGGACUAUGCAUUCAAUGAGAUCGUUCGGUGCCCCGGGUUCCUUGCUAAGACUAAAGCCCUAGUCGCCUCACCUCGCACUACCGAUGCAGAGAGAGACGAUUUAAUGAAUGCAAUCAACAGCAGCCGAGAGAUCCUGAGUGAUGUCGAAAUCCAAAUAAUGGCCGGGGUCAAGGCUGAUCAUCAAGGGAAUAAGAAAGAAUCUCAGGCUUUCUUUGGAUUGAUCCCCCUUUUCACCAAAGAAGCAUCGGUCAACUUCACACUCGAGGGUAUUCAAUCGGCCAUCGCACUGCUCCGACAGUUGUCGGUUUUGUUAGUCUCCGAUCGAAGCCGACAAAAAACAGUAACACCGUGGUUAAAUCUCGGUCCAUGUAAGAAUGAGCGGAAGGUCAUAAAAGACAUGGGUGAAAUUGCCCAGCUGUCUCAAGAAGGUACUACUCGACUGCACCCAACAGGUCCACGGCCACAGGGCAGCCCGAAGAUUUGGCAUGACCGGAUCGCCAUGACAAUGGGAAUGCCAGAGAAUGGUUGA